AUGACAUGCCCAACAGUUGUUGUAUUGGUAGCAAAUGGAACCGAAGAGAUGGAAGCAGUCAUUACCAUUGAUAUUCUUCGUCGAGCACAAGCCAAAGUACUUGUGUGCUCAUUGCAGGAAGAGAAGGUGAUCGAGUGCAGUCGACAUGUUCGUAUUGUUCCCGACACUUGGCUCGCCAAGAUUGAUGCUGCAAAUAUCGAUGCAGUUAUUAUGCCAGGAGGAAUGGGCGGUGCCAAAGCUUUUUCUGAAUCCAAAGAUGUGCAUCAACUCUUGAAUCUGGCCAAUACCAAUGGCAAGCUGAUUGGAGUCAUCUGUGCUGCGCCUAUCGCACUCAAGGCUGCUGGGAUUUUAUUUGGCAAACGACUAACUUCGCAUCCGUCAGUUAAAGAUCAGUUGGAAUCCAACUAUCAAUACUCUGACGAUCGUGUUGUUGUUGAUGGCAACUUGAUUACUAGUCGUGGACCAGGCACUGCCAUUGAUUUUGCACUGGCUCUGGUAGAAAAACUACUGGGUGCUCAAGUUCGAUCCAAGGUAGAAGCUCCAAUGUGUAUCUGCUAA